AUGAGCCGCAUCUAUCAUAACGCGGCGAACGUGUGCGUCUGGCUCGGGAUGGACUCCCCCGGCAGCAAGAUGGCGAUGCAGUUCAUUAAGGAGGAGUUGUGCGACAUCGAGCGAUUCGACAAGAUCCACGAGAAUACCGGCACCGCGGAUAAGCUGAUGGCGUUGCUGCAGCUCCUGGAACGGCAGUGGUUCUCGAGGCGCUGGAUCAUCCAGGAGAUUGUGUUUGCGAGGAGGGCGACGCUCCAUUGUGGUCGGGAUGAGCUGCACUGGAGCCAGUUCGCGACGGCCAUCGAGCUCCUGCUGGAGGCGGAGACGGCGUCGCAGAGGUUCUCAUCCAUGACGAAGGUUCGGUCCGAUUUCUGGGACGGCUCCAGCCUAUUUGAACACGUCAACCAGUCGGGCGCGGGUCUUCUGGUCCAGGGUAUCCUGUUUCGGGACUACAAGACGCAGUCCGGCUCGCAGGGGCCGCUCUGGGGCAUCGAGCACCUUGUGUCGUCCCUGACGGUAGUGUUCGACGCAUCUGAGCCCCGCGACUGCAUAUACGCCUUGCUCGGCGUGGCCAACGAUGUCAUGGCCACGCCGGACGUCAAAGACGAACCACGGCUGCUCCGGCCGUGGCUCCUCCCGGCGAUGCAGCCCAAAACGGCAAGGUACCCCGUCGACUACGCCAAACCCUACCCGGAAAUCUGCAUGGACUUCAUCGAAUUCUGUAUCGGGCAGUCCGGUAACCCGCAUCGGGCUCUCGACAUCAUAUGCCGACCGUGGGCCCUAGAGCCUCUCCGGAAGAACCUCUCCACGGGGGAGAUUGACGUGGCGUCCGAGUUUCUUCCCUCUUGGGUUAUUAAGGCCUCCGAGACGUCAUUCAAGAUCAUGACACACACCCUCGCGAGGAAAAAGGUGACGCGGCAGAACGCCGACUCCUUGGUUGCCCCUCCGGAUGCGGCCAGGACACAGUACGCCGCGUCUUCCAAUGAAAACUUUGACCGGUCCAAGCUUGCAUUCAAGCGGAGGCCCAAUCUGAGACAUUACAGCAUAUUCGUCCAGGGGUUUAUCUUUGACCGCGUCGAGAGGGUAGAGGCCUCGUCACAGGACGGCUGCAUCCCUAGAGAGUGGGCCGACUUGGCGGGCUGGACCGACCUCGAGACGCCGCCGCCCGAGGCCUUUGGAGGACGCUGGUCUACCAUCCAGGGAGGGAUCCAGACCGGAGCCGUGAAUACAUCGAUGCUGAUCAGCAACGACCAGAACUCCAUCAUCUCGCAGUUCUGCAAGCGGGUACAGGCCUCGAUACUAAAUCGCAGGCUCAUCAAAACGGAGAGGGGUCGGCUGGGGCUAGCGAGCAAGAACGUUGCCACCGGCGAUCUGCUGUGCAUCUUUCCCGGGUGCAGCGUCCCUGUUGCCCUUCGUCGCUUUUCCAAGAAGUUCGGCGACGAUGAGGCGGAGGAGAAAGAGGACUCGCUCCAGCGGAGCUUAGGUGUCUUCAAGCGUGCGCUGCUCAACCGGCUGCGGGCCAGGCAAAUGAAGGAGCAGUGGGCAAAGCAGUCAGAGGACUACAAGCGCUUUAUUCGCACCCUCGAUAUUCCGGGUUGGAACAAAACGGACGAAGGGCGGGUGAUGAAGAGGAAGCCUGAUAAGCAGCCUGCAGAACGGCCCCAUAGUGCGAGCGAGAAAGCCGAAAACGCCGAGGACAGGAGGCACGCCGGCCAAGAGCAAAACGAGCCAGAGGCAGGCAAAGCCCCUGCUCCAACACUGGGCCCGUACUAUAAUUUCCUCGGCGAGUGUUAUGUCCACGGCAUGAUGGAUGGCCAAGCGACCGAGGAGAGACGGAAAAGGUCAAUUCCGUACGAAGUUUUUGAGAUACGGUGA